GUCACGUGUCAGCUCCACUGACCUGAAGUCCACGCUGCGAAUGAGCUGAAAACAGCGCAGCAGUGACAGACGCACUAUGGGCCGCCUGGAUGGGAAAGUGAUUGUGCUGUCGGCUGCAGCGCAGGGAAUUGGACGUGCCGCAGCAAUAGCCUUUGCAAAGGAGGGAGCUCAGGUCACAGCGACUGACAUAAAUGGAGAGAAGCUGAAAGAGCUGGAAGGCAUUCAAGGAAUCAGGACCAAAGUCGUGGAUGUUACGAAAAAGGACCAAGUGGAAGCCCUGGCCAAAGAGCAUGACCGCGUCGAUGUGCUCUUCAACGUCGCCGGGUUUGUGCACCACGGCAGCAUCCUGGACUGCGAAGAGGCCGACUGGGACUUCACCAUGAACGUCAACGUGCGGAGCAUGUACCUCAUGAGCAGGGCGUUCCUGCCUAAGAUGUUGGCAAGGAAGUCAGGAAACAUUAUUAACAUGGCAUCUGUUGCUUCAAGCAUAAAAGGUGUUGUGAACCGGUGUGUCUACAGUACGUCAAAGGCCGCUGUGAUAGGACUCACUAAAUCAAUCGCUGCUGAUUUCAUUGAGCAAGGCAUUCGCUGCAACUGUGUUUGUCCUGGAACUGUUGACACUCCUUCACUCCGGGGAAGGAUCCAGGCCCAACCGGAUCCAGAGCAAGCUUACAAGGACUUCAUGGCGAGACAGAAAACGGGCAGAAUGUGCACGGCUGAAGAGGUGGGGCACCUGUGUGUGUACCUGGCCUCGGACGAGUCAGCCUAUGUGACCGGGACAGAGCACAUCAUCGAUGGAGGAUGGAGACUAUGAAGAGCCUGUGACAAAAUCAGCCUGUCAAGAUGAUUAAGCCUGAAAAAAAUCCUGAUUCAAGACGAAGAUUGCAUGAUUAAAUCAUUCAUCAUUCUCUAAAAUAAGCACGUUUUAAUGUUCAAUGUUUGGAAAUUUACUUUAAAGUGUGCUGCAAGUUUUUUGGCAUGCUAAAAGAUGAUAAAUGUUGACCGAUCUUGUGUUUAAAUAAAAUAUUGCUACACACAUAA